AGAACACGUCUACACUUUCUAAGAGUAUGACGUCUUCUGGGGUUUCUUCAGUCUCUUCUGUUUCAUCCACCGCGGCCCCGGAAUCCUCGACAACGCUUUCGACUGCGCUUUCGUCGUUUUCGAGCUCUAUGAUGAGCUCAUCUUCUUUUUUGAGCUCCUCCUCUACGUUAAGCUCGAUGAAUACCUCGUACUCUACGUCGAUGUACUCCAAAUCUACUGUAUCAUCAUCAUCAUCCUCCUCCUCCCCGGCAAACAGCACAUCUUCCGCAGGUCCGUCUUGUCCGACUGGAUCUGGACUGGAAAUAAAUGACGAUGAGGGCGACGACUGGUCAGACGAUGACUUCUCGUCUUGUCCCGCAGGAGUUGGUUUGUCUCAGGAUGAUGAUGAGGGUGACAAUGAGAAUCCUGAUGCUGGCACUUUCUGUCCACACAAGUCCUUGGAGCUCAACGAUGAAGAAGAUUUCCAGCUUGGGGACUGGCACUUCGACAACUCGUCGAACAUCCCAAUUCCGGAGAUCUCAUUCAAACCGUCGUCAACGUCGUCAACGUCAACGCCGCACCUCUUCGGGCCGUCUCUUCCCCAUCAUACGACGUCCAAAAUUCCGGCGGCGCCAACUUUGCCAACAUCCGCUAAUCGCCCGCAUGAGACUCCACAUAUCACCAUCACAGCCAGUCCCACCCCUGAAGCUGUAGAUAAGACUGAGUACGUGUGCACCGACAUGAGGGCUUAUGCUGGGCCAAAUGCCAAGGAAAAUUGCCAGAAUGAUGAGUACUGCAAGUCAUUCGAAUGGUAUGGCCCUCUUGGCAAAGAUCCGAUGCAGAUGAUGCCACCAGACCCGAAUAUGGUCAAUGCCUGGAAUGGUUGGGAGCGGACGUGCGAGCCUUACAAAGAAACCCCGGACUCGUAUUACUGCAAGUCUUGCACACGUAGUCCCGCGGUAUGCAAGAUAAUACGGGAUUACAACAAGAACAACUGGCGUCCAGACAAGGAAGGAGCGCCGAUUGAGGAAUGCUGGGCAGAUGAAAUGUGUGAGAGCGACCGCACACAUACGCGCAUUUGUCAUCACCGAUCUCCCCGCGAUGCGGGUCAACACAUUGAUCAACCGGACGCCGCGGUUUUCUGUAUGGAAUGUCCUCGCAACAGUCUCGUGGAACCAGACUCGAAAGGCUGUAUGGCGCAAAUGGACUUCAAAAAUGACGGCCGACAAGACUUGCUGGGCACGGACAAUGGCAGGAACCUGUACGACUGCUCCCCGCACUGUGUGCCCGACGUUUACGCCAACCGGUAUUGUUUGGGAACCCAAUGCAUGAGCUGUCCGUACAUGUUUAUAUGAACGUACUUGGGGACAUCUUUUCCUACUUGAUUUUGGCCCUGAGAUUUGAGGCUCGCGCGAACGGCCUUACGUAACGGCUUGCUGG